AUGACAACCAUCGAAAACAAUGUGCGGCUUACGUUUCGUGGUGCAAUCUCCAAAGCUCCCACACGGCACGGGAUCGUGCGGACAAAAGUAGUGUGCACGCUUGGUCCCGCGACACGUUCGAAGCAAACGAUCGCUGCGCUGCUCAGCGCUGGCAUGAACGUCGUGCGGCUGAACUUUUCCCACGGCACGCAUGACUACCACGCCGGGACGAUAUCCAUGCUUCGUGAGGUUCUCGCUGAGACCAAACGUACCUGUGCAGUCAUGUUGGAUACGCGCGGUCCCGAGAUUCGGACGGGUCUUCUCUCUGAAGAACUCCACGGUGAAGUUGCCUUGAAAGCAGGGCAAACCUUUACGCUGUAUAGUAAUCUGUCUGAUCCUCAACGGCAACGCGGCAACGCAAAAGGAGUCUUCCAGAGUUGCCGAGAUCUGAGCAGCAUUCUCUCUCCUGGCGCGCAAGUUCUCAUUGAUGACGGUCUGAUCGCUCUGACCGUGGAAGAGGUGUGUGCGGAUCAGGUUCACUGCCGAGUCAUGAAUGACGGCGUUCUCGGUGAGCGCAAGGGAAUCAACCUGCCUGGAGCAACCUAUAACCUACCUGCACUGACGGAGCAGGAUAUGCAGGACAUUCUCUUUGGCAUCGCGCAGGGUGUGGACUUUGUGGCCGCCUCGUUCAUUCGCAAGCGCAUUGACGUUGAGCAGAUUCGCUCGUUCCUCAAAGAACAUGGCGGUUCCGCAAUUCAGAUCAUCAGCAAAAUCGAAAACCAGGAAGGGUUAGAAAACUUUGACGAUAUCCUGGAAGCCAGCGAUGGAAUCAUGGUCGCUAGGGGUGAUCUCGGUGUAGAGGUACGCCUUGAGCUCGUUGCAAGCGCGCAGAAGCAUAUGAUCAGUAAAUGCAACGUGGCGGGCAAACCAGUCAUCACCGCGACUCAAAUGCUGGAUUCCAUGAUCAAGAACCCGCGGCCAACCAGAGCAGAAGUUAGCGAUGUUGCGAAUGCAGUUUUCGACGGCACCGAUUGCGUCAUGCUGAGCGGCGAGACAGCCAAAGGUCUCUAUCCGGUGCAGGCAGUCCAAACGAUGGUGAAUAUCUGUAUGGAGGCGGAGCGUGCCCUCGACCACGCUGCCGUCUUCCAGGCGAUCCGCAACUUUGCCCGCAGUCAUGAGCUGUCGGUCACCGAAGCGAUCGCAUCUUCCGCAGUGAAAGCAGCGUAUGACCUCAAGGCAACCAUGAUUCUCUGCCUCAGUGAGACUGGUAGAACUGCGCGGCUCGUGUGCAAGUAUCGUCCCAGUUGCCCGUGUCUGGUGCUCACCUCAAACGAGCUCACCGCGCGGCAAUGUCUGCUCUCUCGAGAUUGUUUUCCCGUCGUCGUUGGGAGUAUGAUCGGUACAGAGAGUCUCAUCGCUCGGGGUCUGCAGACUGCACGCGCCAGUGGCAUCGUUGCCACCGGUGACUUGGUGAUACUUAUUUCGGGAAUGCGAGAGGGCGUCUCUGGAUCAACGAACCUCCUGCGAAUCAUCACUGUCGAGGCAUAG